CGGAUAUAUAAGUUGAUAUCACGUAGGCAAAGGUAUAUUGCUUGGCAACCGCUCGUUUACAUGUGUGUCCUAGUGGAUUUGUUUUGAAAAAAAUAAUGUAAUGGAGAGGCCUACCCCGCAGAGUAUACCAUACUUUCUUCGACUUGCUACAAAGGGUUUUGUAGAGGAAAAGGAACUUGAACAACCAUGUAGAAAUCUGCAAACACCACUACAUAAAGCUGUGUUAAACGGAGGCGUGAAUGAAUGUGCAGCACUGGCAUCGCACGUUGAGUACUUGAAUUCCGGGGAUUUACUUGGGGAUUCCCCGCUCCAUUUAGCCGUACGCUGGAUAAAUUCUAAAGGCGUAGAACUAAUGAAUGUGUUAACGUCAUGUGGUGCUGAUGUGAAUAUAAAAAACAAAUGGGGACAGACUCCGCUUCAUUACGCUGUAUUUUUGGAAUCCCCAAACAACGUAGGGUUUCUUCUUGAUCAACAAAGCAUUGAUGUGAAUGCAGCAGACAUCAAUGGGUACACACCGUUGCACUGUUGUUUUAGAUUAGGCGCUUAUUCGAAUAUUGAGAAUCGGUAUUUUCUCAAAAAAAAUUCUACGCUAGUGGAAAUUGUUGAUAAACUUGUUUUAGCAGGAGCAAAUAUAAAAGCGCAAACUAAGUACGGCGAUAGCAUAUUACACCUUAUAGCAAAACGAGAUGACAACACACCUCUACUUGAACAUAUCUUUGUUAACUACGCUACAUCGGAUCUUGAUUUGCAUUUGCAAAAUUUAAAAGGCGAAAAUUUCCUUCAUGUGUACAUGAUCCUUGAGAUUUAUGAAAAGGUAAUUGAUACAAUUGAAUUCAUUGCUUCAAACUUUUCUGACAUCACUGUCAAAAUAUUGCUGAACUGUCCAGAUUUAGUUGGACGAGCCCCAUGGGCCUACAUGAUAGACACCUCAAAUAUUAACAAGAAAUCUCUUCGAAGACUUCAUGAUCUUCAUGCUAAUUUGACAACUUCCGAUAAUUUAGGGAAUACGGCAGUACACAGAUUAGCAGGUGUAUCCACUAUAUAUAACGACAUUUUGGAAUUUCUGUUGUUCGCAAAUGUUGAUGUAAAUGCCAAAAAUGUCUACGACGAGUCGGCUGCUUCUGUGUUUUUUCUCGAGCACGUGUUUGAUAGUCUAUUUAGAUAUGGCAUCGAUUUAAAUACUCAGGAUCGCUGGGGUAGAACCCCGCUGAUGUCUUUAUUGAAACAUAGACCAAUACCUGAACUUAUAAGGAAAGUUAUAACUAAAGGAAAAGUAGAUGUGAAUGCACGUGAUGCUAAUGGUACCACACCACUACAUCUCGCAGCUUAUCACAACUUUGAAGAACAAGUUGAACUUUUGUUAGAGUUUCAGGCUGAUGCAUUUGCUGUAGAUAGUCUAGGAGACAAACCAAUUGGUACUGCUAGGAGACACUGCAGUUAUCGAUGUUUUAAACAAUUAUCAUCUACUGAGAAAAAUGAAGUGCUUUACUCACGUACAAAUUCUUUUGAGGACCUUCUCCUUCAUUUGCCAAAAUCCAUUUGUAGUUCUAAGAUCAAAACAAAAGAAAGUAUAAAAAAUUCGUUACACCUUGAUUGCGAACGCAUAGACUUUUGUGAAUUUUUAUUGAACGAAUUUUACAAAAAAAGUCCCGAAAAUGCAAAAGAAAUAAAGCAAAUAUCUGAAGAGGUAAUGAAAACAGUGCAAACCCUUUGCUCAGUUGUUGAAUAUAAAAGAUUCAAGAUGUCAGUUUUUCGAACAGGUUCGUCUGAAGAACAAACUAAAGUUGGUCCUCCAGAUGAAUUUGAUUUUGCAUUAUGCAUUGAAGAACUCAAGAAAAUAACGGACAUUACUCUGACUAAGGAAUGCGCUGAAAAAGGAUUUGCUUGUCUAAAAUUCUUACAAAAGCCUGUGCCAGAUGGAUACCAAGAGUUUGCAGACAACGAAGAAUACUUUCUCGCAUUUCCAUUCUUGAAACUAUUUGACGGUUAUUUGAAACUCGCUUUGAAUGAAAGAAAAGUUUGGUCAAAUGGCAACCUCUAUUUCAAUUAUGAGGACAAGAUGCAUGUCAUCUACGGCAAACCAGUUUUCAAUUUCAGUGUUUACUGGAUAGGUUCAGUAUACAAACAACUAAAGAUCAGCAUUGACUUGGUUCCUGUCGUAUACAAUCCUGGAUGGUGGCCUGCAAAUGUGAACUUUCCAGACUCUCUAGAAAUGGAUACUAAUGUCAAGGAAGCAGGUUGUUUCCUCAUUCUACAAACACGAGUGAAUGAUUUUAGCAACAAGGUCCGGUUAAAAGGGGACGACAUUUUUGAAACAUGUAACACUGCACGUGAUAAGAAUACCGCGCAAGAUGAGAAGAUGAGGAGAAUACUCCGUGUAUCGGCUGCACCUGCUGAGAUUGUUUUGAUGAAAACACUUCCUGAUUCUUUUAGGUUUGCGUAUAUAUUGACUAAAAUCGUUAAAAGUAAAGUGGUAAGUCCUCAAAUCGAGAUUGACGAAAUCCCGUCACCGCUUUUUAUGGUACAGGAUAAAUUCAAGCAAGAGAAAACAUGGCCAAUCAAUCCAUCUCACGCUAUCAAAAGUUAUAUGCUUAAGAAUUGUACCUUUUUUCUCUGGCUAGAAAUGUACAAAACUAUUGAAGAGGAAGAAAUUAAGGAAUCCUACUUAACCCUUGCAGAGCGUAUGUUUGAGAAUCUGCUCAGUUUCUCCGAUCAACGGUAUCUUAAUCCGUUUUUUCUUCCAUAUUCAGAUGUUUUCGAAUUCGAGAAAGAUGAAAAAUCCACUGAUUAUAACGAGCUUCUUUUGCGACUAAAAAGAGAGUGGAGCAUCAAACUUGGUCUCGGAAUACUCCAGUGUAGUUUUCCCGCAAAAUGCCUUUCUGCUGAAAGUCUAUCUUGAAUUUUUUGUUUUGCGUAUUCCUAAUCAACGACAACGGAUGUACAGUACAUUCAACUUAUAUUUCGCAUCUAACAGCGCGGUUAGUUAAUUAUUUUCGCAUUUCACCAUCGCAGUUAAUUAAUCGCGGUCCAUGUUGCAGCCAUGUUUGAAACGCGGCGAUGUGACUAACCGUUAAACAGGGUGAUCGGAGAUUUAACUUUACCUGUACGCUAUUAGAAAAUAAGACGGCCACCUAAUUAUAAUAUGAAGAGUCAUUGCAUACUAGCCAAAUUUGAUGUUUUUCUUCUGUGUGGCUGAAGCAAAAACCGCGAAAAUAAAGCAAAUCACUUAAAAUACAAAUGCGCGUUUGGCUGUAAUAAACCAAACACAAGGGAUGCCGUACUAAAGAUGGAGAGGGAUAUGAAAAGUCACACCACAGUGAUUAAGGGCAUGGAGCGGCGAUUAGACCAUUUAAAGAGAGAAAAGACACAGAAUGAAUACAAAUUUACAGUACCGUUUUAUGAAGAUGAACCUUAUAUUAACAGGUCUAAGUGAAUUUUUCAAAUUUGUUGAGAGUAGUAGGAAAGAACGUUAUUGUAAUUUUGGAGUAGAACAUGUUUUUGGACACUUUAAAAGUGCAGGUAUCAGCGAAGAUAAUGAAUGUACCGAACUUUUUAGUAGAGUGAUAGGAAUGCUGUAUUUGAUAAACUGUAUGUUCCUAUUUCUGUAAAAGAGGUUGUAGAUGUUAUUAAUCUCACUAUUCCUAUCAUUCGAUAUCUCUGCCUCAUCUUCCUGUGCCUUCUAAAAAUAAAAUGACUAAGUUACUAGUCCUGACAUACAAAUACGCGAACAUUAAUCCCCGCCCACAGAAAUAAAUUUAGUUAUACCUUGUGACGCUUCAUAGAAGGGACGUCAUCCUUCUUUUGCUGUUUUCCUGUCAUUCGUGCUCCUGCUUACUAUUCCUCUCAGCCGAGAUCUCUGCCUCAUCUUCUUGUGCCUUCUGAAAAUGAAAUGACCAAAUUAGCCUUGCAUACAGGUCAUGAUAGUCUAACAUUAAGUAAGUCUACUGUAAUCUAAGUAGGUUUAAUAGACGGCCAGGUAUGCACCGAAUCAUCUACUGUAAAGGCUGCGAGCAAUCCUUCAAUGAAAAAGAUAGACUAGUUUAUAAUGCACUACACUCAAUUACAGACACUAAGUCAAAUGUACUAAAAAUUUAGAAUACAAUUCAAAAUGAAAUUCGAACUUAACCUGGACGAUGAUGGUGCAAUUGCGUGUGCAAAAUUUCAAAAGGCUGCGAGUAAUCCUUCAAAAUCAAGAUUGGCUAGUUUGAAAGUGAACGGACAAACGGACGGAUGGACAGACAGGGUAAGAUAAUAUGCCCCCGAUAUCUUACGGUAUCUCGGGGGGCAUAAAAAUAGUUUACUGAUCAAAUACACAAAGCUCCAAGAGGAACUCUGUUUUCCACAAUAUUUUGCAACCUUUUGUGUACACCUGAUAGUGGUUUAGCCUUAGUCUAAGUAGGCCCCAUAGAUAGCCAGGUAUGAACAAAAUCAUCUAAUACGUACCUUUUGACACUUGGAAGGGACUUCCGCAUUGAACAGGCGUUCCGUUGAUGUUGCACAUUUGUGGGACUGGCACCACAGUGCCCUGUGGUUUGAAGGUGCCGAUGACUGUGGUUUCAGAUUUCGGAGGUUUUUAACAGACACCUCCUGGAUUGUCUGUCCAUAUUUAAUUUGGACUACAAGCACGUCCCCUUUACGUUCUACACACUGAACAGAUAACGAAACUCAGUAUCGCUUAGGUAAUAUUACCAAAUAAUUUGGGCCAUAGGUUCAUCUGGAUCCGCAAUAUAGGCCAUGAAGUCGAUUGAGUAUUUACCAUGAGAAUGAUCAAUAUCAUUCUCAUAGCAUAAACUCAUUACUCAAUCAAUGUCAUAGCAUAUACUUAAUCAAUGUAAGGACAUGUACUUAAUUAUUUUCAUAGCAUAUACUUAUUACUCAAUCAUUCUCAUGGCAAAUAUUCAAUCAUUCUCAUGGCAAAUAUUCAAUCAAUCUCAUUAUUCACUCAUUCUAAUGGCAAAUAUUCAUUCAAUCUCAUUACUUAAUCAUUCUCAUGGCAAAUAUUCAAUCAUUCUCAUGGCAUAUUUAAUGAAUCACAAUACUCAAUCAUUUUUAUGGCAUAUACUCAAUCAUUCUCAUGGUAAAUAUUCAAUCAAUCUCAUUACUCAAUCAUUCGCAUGGCAUAUACUCAAUCACUGAUAACUAAUUUAUGGGGACAACUGCACUUUACCGGUACGUACAAAAUAUAUGGAAAUAGCACUUGCUCUUCCUAUAUAGUAGAGUCACGCGUUAGCGUGACACGAUUUCGUUAUAACGGCUUUAAAAUGCAAAACUAACCUGUUUUUUGAACUCCUCGUUGGUUUUUUAAUUAAUAAACUUCGUUUUAUUAACAAAGUAUAUUAACGAGAAUUAGCAGGAUAACGUAAAUAAAUACUGAUACUGUCAAUUUCUAGACUGCAUUCCAAAGACAUGGCGUUGCUAGUCACGUGACACUGUCUUUAUAUCUGAUUGGAUAACAGGUAAGUGACGUCUGCAUAAGUUGUAAACACAGCGGAUUUUGACAGAGGCAUGCCAUUCGUUUACGACGAUAUCUAUGAAAUUUGUAAAAAUAGUCGAUUUCUGAUUGAUUGGCUUCAAACAAAAGGUUUGUUGGGGAAUGUUAACGGUUUAUGUGACCAUUGUUCGGAGUGAUCGCUACAUUUAGUAGAAGAUGAAUCGUACAGUAAAGACGGUGUAGUGUGGCGUUGCACGAAUAGAAAAUGCAACAAAAAAGUGUCCGUUAGAGAAAGAUCCUAGUUUUCAGGGAGCCACCUACUUUUGAAACAAAUUGUAAAACUCACUUAUUAUUGGGUCUACGAUCUUCCCAACGACUUUAUAUCCAGGGAACAGCGCAUAGGAAGUGAUCACACUGUUGUUGACUGGAAGAAUUUUUCAAGGGAAGUGUGUUUAUCAAUUUUGAAAUUAGAUAACGAAAAAAUCGGGGGACCCGGUCGAACAGUUGAGAUCGAUGAGAGUAAACUUGGGAAACGUAAAUGCCACCGAGGUAAGAGAGUUGCAGUGUGUGGGAUUUUGGAGGAAUAGAGAGGGAAACUAAAAAGUGUUUCUUUGAAGUUGUGGAAGACAGGAGCGCCAACACGUUAAUUCCUAUUAUAAAGAAAUACAUACUACCAGGUACAACCAUUCUAUCGGACUGUUGGAAGGCAUAUUCGUCUAUUGAAAGUGAGGGAUACCAACACCUUACAGUAAACCAUUCCAUCGAAUUCAAAAACAAAGAAACUGGCGCAUGUACAAAUACUAUAGAAUCAACUUGGAAUGCAGUCAAGAAAUCCCUACCCAAAACUGGAACUGUGAAAUCUCUAUAUGACUCAUACUUAAUAGAAUACUGUAUAAGAAAAAAUACCUACAAAAUACCGACGAUAAAUUUACAACCUUUUUGGACCCUGUUAAACGCGUUUCCCCUGUAAAAAAAGAACCCCUCUAACGGAAGUACAACUUAAUCAACCCACCUCAUUGUCUCAAGAAACGUUAAAUGGAAGCCUUGACUUAUUUGAUUGAAGGUAAGUUAAACAUCUUUAUAAAAUAGAUGUAGUUACGGUCAAUUUUAUUUUAUGGGGGGCGGCAAACCCCCGCUUUAAUAAAGCUCAAACGCCGCUUGGCUUUCUAAAUUAUUUGUUAUUUCCGUUAUUAUGGGGGCUGCUG